AGAAAUGCUACUUCAGUUAUACUUUAUUGUUUUCUCAUCUUCCUCCUUAUGAACAAUGUGAAAGGGCAGGGGAAUAAGAAACCACCAUGCCCGAUUGGACAGUCGGGAUACGGAAGAUGUGGGCCUGACGGACAUAGGUUGUGUUUUAGACAAAUUGAACGGAGUGAAACAUUUAGUAAAGAUGUGAUGAAAGCUAUUACCCACUGCAAGUGUUUUGACGAUCGACGAAACAAUGUGGACAUGCAUUGGUGCGCAUGUGAUUUGAAACAUGGCCCUCCUUGCUAAGUUUGAAGUUAUAAGAUAUUUUUGUGUUGAUAUGGCACACGUAUAUGUCCAUCUAUUUUAAAUAUACAUAUUUUCUUUUAUCCUACAAUAAAUUAAUUCAUAUUCAACAUGUAGUUUGUGUAUUUUAAUAAAUUUUUGGAGUUCAU